GGGCUUGUCCACUCCACGCAGUCGUGUCCUCCAGGCGACAGGGUACACCUUCAGAGGCGGUGUAUACAGUAAGCAAUGGUACCCGCUUUUUGCAACCAUGUGCACUCAUAGCGAAACGAGGAGAAAUCACUGCUUAAAUUAAUGUUAUUGUCGUCUUCCCUUGUUAUACAGAUAUAAUUUGGAACCUUACAAUUUGACUCAACUGCACAAUGAAAUACAGCACGGUGUUUGUGUUCCUUUGUGUCUUGCUACAUAGGACGUGUUGUUCACACUCUGUUUCCCCAAAGAACACAGACGAGGACCAUACUAGAGCUGGAACGACAGCUUCUCCGAAACUAGGAACCUCUGGAUCAAGCAGACUUAUGUCUUCAGAAAAUGCACCGCAACCAACAUCAAGUUCAACGAAUAUUUCUCUUGCGCGUGACGUGUUGCCUACGAGCAACGUCGAGGCGACGACAUUAGAUGCACUCACGUCAUCUUCGGGUAAUGCCAACUCCAGCAACACUGUUCCAAGACAAGACCCUUCACUCUCCAUGUUGGUCAACAUGUUCCUCUCCGCCGCAAACACCACUCCCCCUACCAACACAUCCCCGACGUUCUCACUUCCGCUCUCACUCAUGGCCAUGCAGAAUAAACUUCCAGGAGGGAUGGGGAACUCCCUCUUGCCGCUUCUCAUGGGGGGUGGGGAUGUCAAUCUGGAGUCUAUUACAGGUCUCUUUGAGAGCCUUGGUCCUCAACUGCCGUCCAUCUUGAAGGGGCUUAUACAGUCAAACACAAGCGGACUGGGAGCAGACGAGCGGACAUGCUCUGAAGAUGUGGAUACUUUCCUGGUCGAUCUCUUACAGGGGAAGCCGUGGGCUCUUAGCAUGUUGGAUGCGUCCGGAAAACCAGGCACCUCCAUCAUGGAAGGGGCAACGACCUUUUUCGGCAACUUUGACGAAUGUCUUGACGGACCCAGUCAGGUGGACCCAACCUCGGGUAGAGAAGUAAAGGGGGACACCUGCGUUGUCUCCAUUAGUCCACCUCCACAGCUGAUAGGCAUGGUGGCAGGAACGGGUGGCAACGUGUUCUCCGCGAUGGCAAAUAGCAUAAUGAUCAACUGGCAUCUGUGUGUCCCUGAUACGUGCGGCAGUAACAGUGUCAAGAGUGGUAUACAGAGAUGGUUGUCACAGGUCAACAUGACUGUGAAGGGUGUCGUGUGCCAUGCGGAGAUCAAGUCUGGCCCCGUCGGUGAUGACACUGCCGCAGUAGGAGCCAUCGCUCUGACGGCCAUCUUUGUUUGUCUGGUCCUCGUGGGGUCAGCUCUAGACAUGAACAUCCGGGCUGCCAAAGGUCGUCGUGAUCAGGUUCCUGUGUCCCCCCGACUGGAUGCAGUUCAACUCUCUAAGAUCAGCACACAGCUUCAGUCUCACGACGUGGGGGUGCCAGAAACGUCAAAGGGGAAUGGGGCAGUAGAUGAACAUAAGCUGAUGGACGAGUCACGACCCGACGCGGAGAUUGUUGGAAUAGACAACCCUGCUGGUCCGAUAGUACAAGAGACAAAUGGUGGAAACUUUGUAUAUCCUAACGACGGACAGCAGCUCCGAUCAGCGGACAAACAACAUGACAACAAAUAUAAGCCCAAGUUAUGGCAGCGUGUCCUGUUGUGUUUCUCUGCCGUCAGCAAUGGGGAGAAGAUCCUCAGCGUCAAACGCUCACCUGGAUCUCUCACCUGUCUUAACGGCAUCCGGGUCCUCAGCAUGGGCUGGGUCAUUCUGGGUCACACGUUCCUCACUCUCAUGCCUAACGCAGAGAACCCAAAAAUAUUCGGCAGACUAACACAGAGCUUCAGUUUCCAAAUUAUCACGAACGCAACUCUGUCAGUCGACUCGUUCUUCCUGCUCAGUGGCCUGUUGGUGACGUACUUGUUCCUGAAGGAGACGGAGAAGGCUGGAGGUCUGAAGGUGAAGCACAUGAUCCUGUACUACGUCCACCGCUACUUGAGACUGACUCCCGUUUACGCCUACGUGAUAUUCAUCAACACGUUCCUGGUGGUGUAUUUGACUGACGGCCCGACUUGGGUGGGAUCUGCCGACUCCCAGUUUUGUGUUGACAACUGGUGGACAAAUCUACUCUACAUCAAUAAUGUAUACAGAGAGAAAACAAAGUGUUUAGCCUGGGGGUGGUACCUGGCGGGCGACAUGCAGUUCUACGUGGUAGCUCCACUGGCACUGAUCCCGUUAGCGUUGAGUUUCAGCAUGAAGAAUCGCACUGCUCGCAAGAUUCUUAAGGUCGAUGGGUUAUGUGUGAUUCUUGGCUUCCUCAUCACCAGCAUCGUCUCCACCGCCUACAUCACCCACUCGAUCGACGGUGAUCUAUUCCAUAAUGGAACCGAGUUCUCUAUGAGGGUGUAUGUAAAACCUUGGUGCAGGAUUGGACCAUUCGCCAUAGGGAUGGCGCUAGGCUACAUCCUUCAGAGGAAGAAAUCGGAGCUCAAGAUGUCUCAAUUCCUGCAAGUCGUGGGGUGGCUCCUGGCGCUGGUGGCGGCCGGGGCCUGUACACUGGACACCUAUGAUAACUAUGGUGUGGAGAGACCAGGCUGGGGGAAUGGUGCCAGGACGGCUCACGAGACGCUGUGUAGACCCGUGUGGGGGCUGGUCUUGGCGUGGGUCAUCUUCAUGUGCUGCAAGGGCAAAGCAGGCAUAGUGGACUGGAUGUUGUCCUGGGCCUGGUGGCAACCUCUCUCUCGACUCACAUACGGGGUCUACCUCAUACAUCUUAUCCUAAUCAGGACAGACUCUGCUACUAUGCGGUCACUCUUCUUUUAUUCAUCUGGAUAUAUUGUGUACCGCUUCUUCGGCUACGUGUGCAUGUCGUUCAUCUUCUCCUUCCUGCUGGCCAUCCUGGUGGAGGCGCCCAUGCUGCAGCUGGAGAAGCUGGUCCUGUCCUGAAUCACAGCAGCUUGCAUUACGACCAGGGCCCACUUGCACAAAGCGAUCUUAGCCUUAAGAUGAUCGUAACUCCCAUACUUUAACAUAGGCUUACAAUAGUCGAAGCGCUAAGAUUGCUUUGUGCAAGUGGGCCCAGUCUCAUUAAAAUCCACAAAGCGCUCGUAGCGCAACUACAGUCGUAAAUGUAUGUUAAAGUAUGGGAGAUACGAUCACUUUAGCGCUACGGUAGCUUUGUGGAACGGACCGCGGAUCUGUUACUCCGAUAUGAUACAUGUCUAGAUCUGAGGACACCUCCAUAUAAGGUUGAAUCAGGUGAACCCUAAGCAAAAUUUGACCGCCCAAUUAAAAUAGAUUGUUGAGCCAA